AUGCAUCUUGCAAAGGCCUUAGUUCUCCUCUGCAUUGCCGCAACAGCCAUGGCUGGUUCCUGUGAACAGAAUCGGUUCCUUGACUGGCGCAAGGGUUUCCGCUCUGAAAGGGGAAAAGGAAGGAUGACCACAUCAAGGAAAGCACUUUUGCGGUGCCAGUGUGGUGAAAACAACGAUGAAGUUGACCAGCAAUGGAAUUUGAACGUGUGCAGUAGUGAGUUUGGUAGGAACAUGAUCUAUUGUUUCCGCAUCUCCGAGACUCACUGCCCGAUUGACGACCAAGACGAGAUCAAGUUCGAGAGACUUUGUCUUGAGAGAGGCAACGAUUGCUUUGUCAGCACUUGCUACAUUGGACAUCAUUAA